AUGGCCCGGUACCCGCGGGAGGGCACACAGAGCCCCCCGAGCCCGGGCAGAGCCCCCGGACCGAGCCCCGGAACCCGGGCAGCGCCUCCAAACCCGGGGGAACCUUCCCGAUCCCGGGAGAGCCCCCGGACCCCGCACAGAGACCCCGGACCCCAGGCAGAGCCCCCCGACUACCGGGAGAGUCCCCGGACCCCGGGCAGAGCCUCCAAACCCGGGGGAACCUCCCCGAUCCCGGGCAGAGCCCCCGGACCCCGGCAGAGCCCCCGACCCCCGGGCAGAACCCCCCGACUCCCGGGAGAGCCCCGGACGCCGGGCAGAGCCCCCGGACCCCGCACAGAGCCCCCAGCCCCAGGGGAACCCCCCGACCCGGGCAGAGCCCCCCGGCCCCAUCCGUGCCCGCCCGCCCCCUCCUCCUCCCGCUGCCCGGGGCUCCCCCGGUGCCCCCGCUCCCCUCCGGGCCGUGAGGCGCCCGUGCCCCGCUCCCCGCGCCGCCCACCGCCGGGCCGGGCCUAG